AUGAACUCCUCGAGAUCAUCCCCAUCUAGCCCAGUCGAGUUUCUCAUCACGGGCGGCCACUGGAACAGCGAGUACCAAGUCGCGCAUAAUGGGACGGUCUUGUACCACGUGGAAAAUAAGAGUCUCUCCCCAGAUAAACCGCAUCUCAUCUUCUUCGCCGGCAAUACCACCGGGGGUCCUGUCGUGGGAUCGGCCGACACAGGCCGUUUCUCCUCGGAUGUGCAAAUCACCCUGGGCGAUCCGCAUUUUCCCAAAACUAUCACUGCCACCAAGCUGCACAAGAAGGGCAUGGUCUCACUCCGGUAUAUUAUGGAGCUGGAGGUGGACCGCGAAAAGCGAACGUUCACGUGGAAACGGACCGAGCUGGCCGACAGCUUCGGGCCCACGGCAAGCCUCAAACUGACGGACGAGGCGAAUGAAAUGGUGGCCAUUUUCUUGCCAGGCGGCGGUCGCGUACAAUCGGAUGGCGUGGUGAAACUGUACGCGGAUUUGGGGGAGAGUUUCAAAUUGAUGACGUUGAUUGCGGCGCUGGCGUUGCGGGAGAAGACCAGAGCCCAGUCGACGAAGCCAACGGCUGAUCUUCGGUUUCCGGUGGCCUACUGA